AAAAAUUAUAAACAGAGAAGAAUCCAAAUUCUAAACAGACAUUGUAAGAGCAUUAGCAAUGCUGAUACUCUCUUUCUCUCGAUAGCCAAUCGCGGGUUCCCAUGUGGCGAUGGGACCCGCGCACAGUGAAGAAUUUGUGAAAAAUUAAUCCUUAGCUAAGGAUUAAUUUGGCACAUAUUUUUAAAUAUAAUGAGUCCCACAAAUUAUUAUAAUAAGUUUAAUGCUAAGGAUUUUGUUAAAACUCACCAUUGGAGGUGGUCUAAGAUACCAUUCAGAAUUCCUUCUACAAACAUGGCAACCUAACAUUGGCUGUAUUUUAAAAACAAAUAAAAUUUAAUUAGUAAAUAAUUAAGAACCCAAUUUGAGUAUGUAACCAUUGAGGUUGCUCUUGAACUUAUGUUAGGUCAUCAUACAGUUCAUUUGACCUAAAAUGAAAUUCCUCUUUUUUUUUUCUUAUUGCAAUUAGGUUUAGAACUUUUAAUUGCAUUCCUUAGUUACAAGACAAAAACAAAAAUCCCUAAAUCAUUUGCUCUAAUAUAUCAGUUAGAGUCUUGCUUAUCUAAUGUUGGAAGCUUUAGUUUUGGGGAAUUUGACCCAAUGUGUAUAAUGUACCUCAUCGACUUCGCCGGUGGAUUUGAUGUUUUCAUUUUAGGUUGACCUAAACAAAAAAAACAACAUGCCGUAACUAAACAUUUGUUAAUUGUUAUUACCAAUAUAUUCGCAUAUAAAUCGAAUCCGAAUAUGAACUCAGUGUAUACGAUACAUACUUAUUUUUAAUUCUGACUGAUAAUGUUUCAUUAUUAAUCUGGACCACUAGCUCGUCUUUCUAUACCUACGAAAGGCAUAAUAUAACAUUUAGAAUUUUGUCUCCACUCGUCACGAAACAUAACUAUGGCUUCUAAUGCUAACUUGUGUAGACCAUACUGAAUAUAGUUAAUAGUAAUGAAAAUCUGUUUUUCUAUAUAUAUAUAUAUAUAUAUACAUUUUUGUUAGUAUUAGAACCGCACCGCCGUACGUUACCAUUCGUAGCCUAUAUUAUUUUCUUAGGUUAUAUAGAUAUCUUAACUCCAAGGAAACAUCAUUCACUGAACUUUUGGUUUUGGUUCGGGAGAGAAAAAAGAAGAAAGCUUCAAUGGAGAAGAGUAAUGAUGGCCUACGAGUGAUUCUAUUUCCACUUCCAAUACAAGGCUGCAUCAAUCCCAUGAUUCAGCUCGCCAAGAUCCUUCACUCAAGAGGUUUCUCCAUCACAGUAAUCCACACGCGCUUCAACGCUCCAAAAGCUUCAAGCCAUCCUCUCUUCACUUUCUUAGAGAUACCAGACGGCUUGUCUGAAACAGAGAAAAGAACUGAAGAUAAGACUUUUCUCUUCACUCUUCUCAACCGAAGAUGUGAGGCUCCGUUUCAUGACUGUUUGGCUAAGCUUUUGGUAUCUUCAGAUUCAGAAACACAGAGGAUUAGCUGUUUCAUCCAUGACUCUGGAUGGACCUUCACACCAUCCGUAACAAAGAGCUUGAAACUCCCGAGACUGGUUCUCAGCACGUACACAGUCUCCUUUUUUCUCAACCAUUUUGCUCUUCCUAAGCUCCGCCGUGAAGCGUCUCAAGAUUCAGAACAAGACGACCUAGUUCAGGAGUUUCCACCACUUCGAGAGAAGGAUCUUGUACGGCUUCUGAAAGAAAAAAGGGAAUACUUAGAACCCUACUUGAAUAUGAUGUUGGAAGCGACAAAGUCGUCUUCAGGCAUUAUAUUCAUGUCCUGCGAAGAGUUGAACCAAGACUCAUUACCUAAGGCACGUGAAGACUUCAAAGUACCAAUCUAUGCGAUAGAACCAUCUUUUAGCAACUUUCCUGCUUCGUCCAGUAGCUUGUUCACACAAGACGAGACUUGCAUUCCAUGGUUAGACAAACAGGAAGACAAGUCCGUAAUUUACGUGAGUUUCGGUAGCCUCGCUACCAUGACCAGACCAGAGUUAAUUGAGAUUGCUUGUGGUCUAAGAAACAGCGGCCAACCGUUUUUGUUGGUUGUUCGGGUUGGUUUGGUCAAAGGCACGGAAUGGAACGAGGUGAUUCCCGGAGAACUCAAGGCAACGCUUAAUGAGAAGGGAAAGAUAGUGAAAUGGGCACCGCAACAAGAGGUUCUAAAGCAUCGAGCAGUCGGUGGAUUCUUGACCCACAAUGGCUGGAACUCGGUGGUUGAGAGUGUUUGUGAAGGGGUUCCUAUGAUCUGUUUGCCUUUUAUAUGGGACCAGUUUCUAAAUGCAAGACUUAUUUGUGACUUAUGGAGGGUAGGGCUGCAUCUAGAGCAUCGGAUCGAGAGAAAUGAGAUCGAGAGUUCGAUAAGAAGUUUAUUUUUUGGAAAUGAAGGAGAAGCAAUCCGAGAGAGGAUGAGACUUCUGCAAGAGAAAGUUGAAAGAUCGGUUAAAGAAAACGGUUCGGCGUCUCGAUCUUUAGAGAGUUUGAUUGAUCAUAUAUCAUCUUUCUAGCUAGCUAUCUUUGUGUUUUGAGUUAUGUGACUUAUGUCUUAUUAUUAAGUUGUUUUGUGUAAUAAGGAAACACUUCCUUGUGUUUGGCAUUGUUGUUGGAACUUCUUUUUUUUAUUAAUAAAAGAUAUUCACAUAAAAAUUGAAUCUUAACUAAAACUAAAACUAUACCAGAUUGAUCUAUAUUUUAAGCCUGAGUAUAAACAAAACAUAUAUUAAUUAAUUAUCCUUAAGUGUGAUUAAUGGUAUUGAGAAACCAAUUAAGAUUCGGAUUCAACACAUAUAUAUCUUGACAGGCUGCAAGCUGCACACUUACCAAGUUAGUUAAAGCUUUUGAUUGAAGUAGACCAUCGAGAGUUUAUUAUUGUUACGUAGAUAGUGGAGACAAAACUCUCUAUGGAAAGCUUAGAAUCCCGCAAUUAUAUACGUAUAUAUAAUAUAUAUAUACAUAUACAUAUAUUUUAAGAACAUAAGAGCAAGAAAUCCCUAAUAAUAUUGUUCUUAGGUUAUAAUAUAUAUAUACAUAUACACAUAUUUUAAGAACAUAAGAGCAAGAAACCUCCAAUAAUAUUUCCUCAAGAAAAGUUUCCAAACAGAAAAGCAUAUCUUAAUGAUUUAUAUGUGUACGUACGUACGUAAUCAAAGACUAUGAUGAAUUGAUACCGUAUUCUAUUUCUUAUAUACAAGAUCUCAAAAAUCUAAGUAAAAUUAGACUUCGAUUUAACAGUUGCACAAGCACAGGGAACCAAGGUCACAUCAGGUGUCACGUCAACAUCCAAAACACGUUUUAUUUAUUCCGAAAAUAAAACAUUCAUCUAGUCUUUGUUGUCCAACCAGUAUUAAAACCCUUGGAAGUAGAAUGUUUUCCUUUUAUACAUAAUUACUGAUUUCUAUGAAACUAUUGGAUUACCAAUCUAUAUCAAGUAAACCAAACCAAUCAGAUACUAAAGUUCCAAAUAUGAAACCCCUUUGAAUUCUUCCAAAAACUUCUAUAAAAUUUCAAAAAAAAAAAGGCAUGAAUCGCAUGAUUCAUUACGAGUUAGGUAUUAAAAAAAUGGUGAAUAAAAAUUAUUGUGUUGCUUGUUUGCAGAUUUUCAAAAAACUUUAUUUGUACACAGAAAACACCUUUCUAAAAAACAUCAUUUCUACAGUAAUGAAAAAAAAUAUUUAUAUUUUAUUUAUAUAAAAUAAUUAUUUAUUUUCUAUAAUUGUUAUUAUUAAUUAUAAAUAUUUGAGAGAUUACUUUCUAUAAAAAUUAAAAUUAAAUUUUUAUAGUUUUAAUCACAUAAAACAUAUACAAAAACUAAAAUUUAAGUCAUAAUCAUUUUAAUAUAUAAUAUAUUGUACACAAAUAAAAAAAUAAAAAAAUAUUAUUCAAGUCAAAAAAAAUAAAAUCUAUAAAAAUAAAAACACAAGCUCAAAAAUUAAUAUUCAUAAACUAAAAACUAAAAUUAAAAUCCAAAAUCUGUAUAAUCAAGUAAUGUGCGUUCAAAAGUUUUUUUUUUUUUGUUGUAACUGAUGCGUUCAAAAGUUGUUACUCAACUAAUUAGUAGCAUGACAAGUAAAACGUGUCUUUUGUAAGAAAAAAAAACAAACAAAUAAAACGUGUAUGUUAGCAACUUAUAUGGCACAUAUGAUCAAUUUAUCUGAUAUAAAUAGACGCCUAGGGAAGAUCAAAUAAAACAAG